GUAAUGAGCGUAAAACAAGAUGGCGACGACUUAAGCAUAUAUCGGUGUGAAGAAGUUUAUCGACAUAGAAGUCAGCCUCUCCUGAGGCUGUAGUGUCGUCUUACGGUUGUCCCGGAAAAGAAUAAUCUCCUCCAUCAGAUAAGGGUGUUGUAGGCGUCGCUGAACGCCACAGAAUAGCCUGCGGGUCUUGUUUUUUCCCCCCCGCGACCCUCCGGUGACAGCCGGGGAGGCGAGGUGCUAACAGACAGGAUGGAUACAGGAGAGUACAUCUCCACCAUGGAGAACAUGGACCCGACUCUAGCGGAGUUAGGAGACGAGUUCACCCUGGGAGACAUCGACGAGAUGCUGCAGUUUGUCAGCAACCAGGUGGGGGACUUCCCGGACUUGUUUGAGGAUCAGAUGAACACGACACCGAGUGGCGGCGCCAGCACGACCGCACGACCUGCCGUUCAAACCCCUCAAACCCCCCAAACUCCCCAGACACCAGCCCCUGCUGUCUACCAGAACACCACCGUCAGCAUCGCUGCCUCCCAGACGCCCCAGUCGGUACCCCUCACCCCUCCCCUCACUCCCAUCACUCCCGCACAGACCCCCUCCCCCACCACGGUCCCCUCAGUGCAGCAGGUGACCCGCAGCCCUCCACUCCUCCAGCCACGGCCUCAGGUGGCCGUCCAGCCCAUUCAGCCCCAACCCCAGCAGACGGCCCAGCCCACCAUCCAGAUGCACACCCAGGGGAUCCCCAUGCAGACCCAGAGCUUCCCGGUCCACACCCUGGUUCAGACCCACAGCCAGACGGGCCUGCCCAUCCAGACACAGGCCCAAACUGUGAUGAUCGCGUCCAAUGGCGGACAGUCACGUUUCAUCCAGAGCCCCGUCAUCUGCCACCAGAGCCACGGAGCUGGUUUCCAAGUCCUCCAACCACAGAUGCAGAGCAUUAUGACGUCACCACAGCUUCAACCAAUGGCCAUACAGCACCAGCGUGUUCUGACCCCAACCUGUCAGACCAUUCAGACUCUCUCCACAGCGCCCACAACAGUCCACACUAUGCAACAGCAGAUGCAGCAAGUACCUGUUCUGGUCCAGCAGCCUCAGAUUUUGAAGACAGAUUCACUGGUUCUCACAACACUCAAACCUGAUGGCACACAGGUGCUGUCUACCAUGCAGAGCCCCACAGGGAUCACCACCUUGACGACGCCCAUCCAGAACACAGCCCUGCAGGUCCCGACUCUAAUGAGCAGCAACAUCCUGACCACCGUUCCCGUUAUGAUGGGGGGAGGAGGGGACAAGCUGCCAAUCAAGCAGCUACAGCCCGGCUCCUCCCACUGCACUAACGCAGCCAGAUCCAGCAUGGAUCAAAGCCAGAUGAUGGGAGGAAUGGUAGGCCCGGGAGGAGUGGUGAAAGAGGGCGAGAGGAGGACAACCCACAACAUCAUCGAGAAGAGGUACCGGUCCUCCAUCAACGACAAGAUCAUAGAGCUCAGAGACCUGGUCAUGGGCAAUGACGCCAAGAUGCACAAGUCAGGGGUGCUCAGGAAGGCCAUCGACUACAUUAAAUACCUGCAACAGGUCAACCACAAACUACGGCAGGAGAACUUGGCCCUUAAGAUGGGCAACCAGAAGAACAAACCGGUGAUCCUGUCUGAAGAUGUGGAGCUGAAAGAGGAAAUCGUGAUGAUGUCACCUCCAGCCUCAGACUCUGGCUCUGGUUCCCCUCACCAGUACUCUCCUUACUGUGUGGACUCUGAGCCAGGCAGCCCCUUGCUGGAUCACGACCAGAUGAAGAGCGAGCCAGAUUCUCCCUCCUCAGUUGGAGUGAUGGAUGGAUCUCGACUGCUUCUCUGCGCCCUGACCUUCUUCUGCCUGUCCCUAAACCCUCUGCCAUCUUUGUUGGGCUCGGAGGCCUCAGGAGGCCCCGGGCUAUCUCCGGGCCACGGGGCGUCUAGAACGCUUGUGUGGAUCCCAACACACACACAGGACUUUGCAUCCUGGCUGCGGUGCCUGUUGCCGUGGGUGAUGGUGUGGGUGUUGAGCGGGGUGGGAGCAGUGUGGGGCUGUGUGAGGGUGCUCUACCUGUGGGAGCCGGUCACACCCCUUCACUCGCCCAAAUCUGUGUCAUUCUGGAGGCAUCGUAAACAAGCCGACCUGCAUCUCAACAGAGGAGACUACACAGCAGCAAUGGCCAGUUUAGAGACCUGCCUGUCUGUCUUGACAAGAGCUCUUCCCUCAACCAAUCUGGACCUGGUCUUCUCGCUGUCCUGGAACCUCAUUCGCUACUUCUUGCAUCGACCGACUCCUCUGGGUUGGCUGGUUCAUCAGGUCCGUGGAAAACACGAGGGGGAGGAAGCGAGGACGAGUGCGAAGGAUGCAGCGCUGGUUUACCACCGACUGAGCCAGCUGCAACUCACAGGAAAACUUCCUCAGCGUAGCAGCCUUUGGGCUUUGUCUGUGUCUCUGAGUGCUGUCAACCUCAGUGAGAGCGCCCAAGGCAAAAUGCCCCCUGCCCAGCUCACCCAGAUCUACGUUACCGCAGCGACAGCCCUGCGCACCGUACUGGGCCACCACCUUUCCUACCUGCCUGGUUAUCUGUUGAGUUGUGCAGAGGGUGUGGCCAACCAAUCAGAGACCAAAUCGAUCCCUGACUGCCUGCGCUGGCUCUUCACCCCACUGGGGAGGCAGUUCUUCCUGAGUUGCGAAUGGUCGGUGAAGUCAGAGAGCAGCGACGGGGUGUACACCUCUCAGAGAGAUCCAGCUGACCCCAUUGCUCAGCUGCACCGCUGUUUCUGCAGGAAGCUUUUGGAAAGAGCCGUUCACACUCUCAUCCAGCCACAGAGCGACUCUGAGGCAGGCAAACGCAACAGCGACUCUGGGGAGUUUUCCAGUGCCCUGGAGUUCCUCCAGUUGUUAAACAGCUGUACAGAGGACUCUCCCACCCCUCCUCCUCCCUUCUCGACUCCUCCCAAUCACACCACCACACCAGUUGGAGACCCAGUGAGUCGCUGGUGGGCGUUGGUCCUGAAGGCCGCUGUGCAUUGGCUGCAGGGCGAUGAUGUCGCAGUGAGGUCACUGUUGGCAGAAGCAGAGCGCAUGCCCAGGGCUCUACACACUCUUGACCAUCCUCUGCCCAAAGCUGUGCUGCUGCUUUGCAAGGCAGUCCAGAUGAGUCUGUCCCCUCUGAAGGGAGAAGGGGCGAUAGCCUGCCUGUCUCACUGUGACAGAGCCAGCAGCUAUCUGCGCUCCAGCAUCUUGGUGCCCCUCAACCAGACUGGGAACCUGCUGAACAAGGGGGUGGAGCUCCUCAUCUGUGACCUCCUGUUGACCUUGCGGACCAGUUUGUGGCAGCGGGGAGGCAGCAGUAAUGGAGAACCUGGCCCAGCCCCUGGAUCUCAGUUGGCUGGUUUCCAGAGGGAUCUGAGCGCGCUCAGAAAGCUCACACAGUGCUACAGACAGGCGCAACACAAGGUGUUUCUUCAUGAGACCACAGUGAGGCUGAUGGCUGGAGCCAGUCCUACAAGGACACACCAGCUGCUGGAGCACAACCUUCGCCGCAGGACACACAACUCCUACACAGCUGAAGGUGACUGUGUCCUGGGUGAGAGGGAGAGGGCUCAUGCCAUCCUGCUGGCCUGCCGCCACCUGCCCAUGCCUCUGCUAACCCCGCCCGGGCACCGCGCCCGCCUGCUUGCCGAGGCCAAGCGCACCCUGGAGCGGGUGGGAGACCGCCGCUCCCUGCAGGACUGCCAGCAGAUCCUGCUGCGCCUCAGCGGGGGCACGACCAUCGCCGCCUCCUGAACACACACACACACACACACACACAUACAUGAUGAGAGAACAAACACACAUUAGGGCUACUCACAGUACAAUGAACUCAGUAAUUUGCUACAAAUCUACCAAUAACAUUUAAUUCUAUAUCUGUCAGUCAUUGACACCCUCAUACCGAUCAAAAACCACAAAUGUAAACGUUUCUUUAAGCUGCCACACUUUUCUCACACAGAGACGGCUGAUUUUGCUCCUGAUGCUUCGCCUCAAUGUUGCAGCACAAUCAUGCCACCUUCUGGUCAUAAAUGGUAACACGCUGGCUUACUGCCUCAUUUUUAACGAAGCUACACAACAAGGAAAAUCAGGUGAAAUAGGCCCCAAAGGGAAAAGGGACCAUUAUCUAAUAGCUGUUUUAAAUUAAUGCAAUGCGGCAGUGCAUUGAUUAGCUGUAGGAUACCGAGCUGUACAAUCAUUAUUGGCACACGGCAGCCUGAGUGCUACAAUAACCGUGUAAUGUCUCAUUAAACUUGCAAGCUUCAAUUAAGAAGCGUUCGAGCACUCAAGAACAGACAGCCCGGGUCUGUGGAGCAUGGUUGUGCUGGAGGUGGCAGACAGAUGCACUCGCUUGCUUUUAACCUUACAGUGCUGAGUAGUGUCUCUUUUUAUCUACCUCAUACACUGUACAAUGGCAGCAUUGUACCGUGGUGCAAAAUAGGAUACUUAAGCACCACGUCAGUUAUCCAGAAUUUGAAUGAAGUGACCAUUAAAAGUGAUGCUCCUAUCCAGUGCAGCAUCGUUGUAAUAAAACGUACUGAGCUGCUUUAUUUAGACUUCAGGGCGCAGCAGAACAGUACUUUAGGAACUUGCUGUUGCAGAAACUGAAAGAAUGACAGAGAGCUACUGCUGACAUGCUCCUUACUGUCAAACAAGAGACGGGGACAAUUAUUGGACUGGAAUAUUAAAAUAAAAGAGGACAGCAGUCAAUUAAAGGCAGAUGAAAUGCCUACCAACACACACACACUCACAGAUGCAAAUAUUGCAUUUUAAAUUAAUUGCAUACAAGCUUACAAUGUGAUUGUAUAUAGGUUGUACAAAGGCAGAUAAACAGAAGUAGAUUAAACAGGAAGUCCUUAAUUCUGCUUGAGAGGAGACACGCAUCGAAGAAAGCAGCGUAACAUGUUAAAGUUAGCUCGUAAUGGUUUCCUGUCAGAGUCUGGAGCUCUGAUGUGGAGUGAGUCAGUGAUACUACACCAAAAAUCUUUUAUUAUCAAACACUCACCUGCUGUGUUCACAGAAACUCACUGAAACACACAUUUUCUGCCCUCUUAAUAAAAUAAAACAAAAAGACAAGAGUUUCAUGAUUCGUCGGAGUUGUUGUUUUUACCUCCAUCUGGAUUCAAAAAUUGUUCCAAACAUUUGGGAUAAUUUAAGCACGCAACUCCACAAACCUAUACCGUAGUUCUAGUAAUUUUACUUUAAUUCAUGAUGGUUUUCACAGCUGAAAUAAAACAUCUAUAAAAGUCUGUAAAGCUCUUCUCCAGCGUAGAAGCAGUGAAUGUCAAAUACUUAAAAGAUAUUGGGUGGAGUAUCACUUUAAGAAAAAUGGGACACUGAUUUAAAAAGUGAGGAAUGUUAUUUCUUGGAAGUGAUGAUGUAGAGCUCUCAAGCAAAAUGGCCUUGAUGUAAUGUAAAGAAUUAUUUUAUUAUGUUUCAUCAUAUUUGGAAUGAUGGAGGAGUUUUAUCUUUGUGAAAUCUUUGUCCAAUUUGCUUUUUAUUUGUAAUUGUUGACUUACACGUGAGAAGGCACUUCUGUCAUUCCUGUUUCUGUGCUCUGGUUUUCUUAUUUAAUGGUUAUGUAAUAUUAAUAUAAAUGCUUUUCGGGGAGGGGAAGGGAGCGGUUAUGUCAUUGUUAUUGUUUUAUAUAAACAAAAGCAGCCUAGGGUCAGAAACAGAAAGAGAAUCUCUAAUAGGAAAAUGUUGGUUUUAUUGCCGCAUUUAAACAAUUAGCCUGAUAUUUUAGACUCUUUCUUUGCUUUUUUGCAAACACAUGUUUGCUAUUAGAAAUGUCCAGAACUCUGUCAUGCAGGUCAACACAAAGUAAGUUAGCAACUUAAAAGAGUCCUGAAAUACUUUUAUCAGUCUAGAUUAUGUUUCCUGACUGGUAAAUAUGUGCAAAGAAGAAAGCAGUGCUCAACCAGCCAUCAGCAGGCUGGAGUUUUAGCUUCAUCAUUAUAAUUAUGUUACACUUUAUUUUUUUGUCUUUCCCCUUUUAUGUGUUUUAUUGUCUGAUUUUCUGUGUUCAUUUUGAUGUUUGUUUUGUAAUAAAACAACACAUGACAGUGA